AGUGGUCACCAGAGACUGUCACCAGGUGGUGGCCAUGAGGCGGCGCGUUCUCCCCACGCUCUUCCAGUGCGCGUAGGUUGUCUCUCUCCCUCCCACUUUCGUGGCAAACCCACAACGCUGAUCCCCCUUUCCACUCCACCUCCGUUUCCCCUCCUCUAACGACUCCCAAACUCUCUUUUUUCCCUCCGUUAUCUUCAUCACAGAUUGGAAUCAAAAAAUACAUACAGAAAAUCACAACCCCCUGAGACGACGACGAAGACGGUUGUUCUCUCUCUCUCUCUCCCUAAAACCAUCUACUCUCUCUCCGCACCUGCAAUGCGUACAGCUCUCCUCUCGCUCCUCCUCCUCCUCGAUCUCUUCCUCUGCUCUCUCUCUCUACCCUCUCUCGACUCGAACGGCUCGCUGGCGGAGUUUCCCAAUGCCACGGCCUUGGAAUCGAACACCUCGCGAUCGGGAUCUAAGGAGGACAGCUUCGCCGACAUGAUCGAUCGGGCACUGGAGAAGGAGUUCACCGAGAAUGACGAGCAGUCUCAAGCCACUGAUCCUGGGAGCUUUAAUAACAGUGUUAAUGAACAGCAGGCAGUUUUGGAAACUGUUGCUAGAGUUAAGUCCAAGAAAAAUGACACCAAGGAGGAGAAGUCAUUUCAGCUUCAGGAUGUUUUCAAUUUGGACAGUGAGAAUCGAGCAGAAGAUAUGCCAACAUUGAUAGAUCGAAAGGAUAACGUGUUUAUCAUAUCAAAUCUCAAGUCAAAGUAUCCUGUGCUACAGUUGGACUUAAGGUUGAUCUCGGACCUUGUUAUCGUCAUAGUAUUUGCAACAUGUGGUGGCAUUGCGUUUGCUUGUGCUGGACAACCGGUUAUUACUGGAUAUUUGCUAGCAGGAUCUGUAAUUGGACCUGGAGGGUUUAAUUUUGUUAGUGAACUGGUGCAAGUUGAAACAGUAGCUCAAUUUGGUGUAAUUUUUCUUCUUUUUGCUUUGGGCCUGGAGUUCUCCACUGCGAAGCUUCGCGUUGUUCGAGCAGUUGCUGUUUUAGGAGGCUUGCUCCAGAUAUUCCUAUUUAUGUGCUUGUGUGGAAUAACAGCCUCGCUAUGCGGUGGUGAAUUGUCUGAGGGAGUAUUUAUCGGUGUAUUCUUGUCUAUGUCAUCAACAGCUGUUGUUUUGAAGUUUUUGAUGGAAAAAAGUAGUAUGAGUACCGUCCAUGGACAGAUAACAAUUGGUACCCUUAUCUUGCAGGACUGCGCUGUUGGCUUGCUGUUUGCUUUGCUUCCAGUUCUUGGUGGUACUUCUGGUGUUCUUCAAGGAGUCAUAUCCAUGACAAAAUCGCUGGUGGUUUUGAUUGCAUUUUUGGCCAUUUUAUCAAUACUCUCUCGGACUUGUGUACCUUGGUUUUUGAAGCUGAUGAUUAGCCUAUCAUCGCAGACUAAUGAACUUUAUCAAUUGGCGGCAGUGGCUUUCUGCUUGGUAGUUGCCUGGUGUAGCGAUAAGCUGGGUCUAAGUCUUGAACUGGGCUCCUUUGCUGCUGGAGUAAUGAUAUCAACUACUGAAUUUGCUCAACAUACGCUUGAACAGGUUGAGCCAAUUCGCAAUUUAUUUGCCGCGCUGUUCCUUGCCAGCAUUGGGAUGCUUAUACACGUUCACUUCCUUUGGAAUCACAUUGACAUUUUACUAGCGGCUGUUAUAUUGGUGAUCAUCAUAAAAACUGUUGUGGUUGCCACAGUGGUCAAGGGAUUCAGAUACAAUAACAAGACUUCACUGCUGGUUGGAAUGUCUCUGGCGCAAAUUGGGGAAUUUGCUUUUGUUCUCUUAAGUCGUGCUUCUAAUGUUCAUCUAGUCGAGGGUAAGUUGUAUCUGCUGCUGCUGGGGACAACAGCUCUCAGCCUGGUGACUACCCCAUUGCUUUUCAAGUUGAUUCCUGCUGUUGUACAUCUUGGAGUGCUGUUGCGGUGGUUCUCCCCCGAUAUUCCAAUAGAGAUUGGUUUUAAAGGAGACAUCCUGCGCGCAGACAGUACUAAGCGUCUAAAUUUGAUGGUGCCUACAACUGCAAAGGAAUUUGACUGAGAAAUCCUUUAUUUCCUUAAACAAAGCAAGCAAGCGACUGAAAUAUCGCUCGGAUAAAAAAAAAAAACUACGUGACGGAGAUCUAGGUACAUAUGAUUGAUGGGUAAGUCUUCGUACUUAGUUAGGUCAUAGUGUACUCCCACUUACCUUAAUUUUGUAAAUUAGUGUCCAUUUUGUAAUGUGAUUCAUAUUUUUAAAGUUUUUUUAAUUUUAUUUUAUAGGUUUUUUGUUUUAUUUCUUUACUUCCUUUUUCUUUUAUUUUUAAUAUAUGAAUUCCUGGCAUUGUAAUUAAAUUUCCAAAUGUAUCAAUUCAUUUCAUUUCAGUUUUGUUCCUUAAAUGAAAAGCAUAGCACGAAUUAGACA